CGUGUUGGUCAUGCAGCCCCGUCGUGCAGCCCCGUCUCCUGCAUCGCGUGCCCGUGGCGUCCCGUCGUGUCCCGUCAAGGCAGAACCACAGUGGACGCUUCUCAAACUAGCGUCCCAAGCUCCCACUGAUUUAAGCACCACUGCCUCUCUCGUCUCUCUCAUUCGUACCUCUCUUUUACUCCCUUUCUUCUCCCAUGUUCAAGCUGCUUCUCCCUUCUCGCGGAACUGCUUGUUGAAGCAGGUGGUGGAGCUGUUCGGUGGACCAAGAAAUUUUGUUGUGUUUGCAUCCUAGUAUGGCUAAUCAACAAACAAGAAGAGAUUACAUUGUGCCAGGUCCAAUUGAUCCAGAGCUUCUACGACUCCAGUCACAACACCGUUCUGAAGGGAUUUGGUCUGGUACAAUGGAGCAUGAGGUGCUUACAUGUAGAAGGCAGGGGAACAUAUUGCAUGCUGACAUUGAUGCCCGAAUUAUUCCUCAUCUCCACGAUUCUGGAUUUAUUGGAAUUGCUAGAUUGGGAUUUUUUCCCAUUGACUGGCACCUUAUUAGUGCCUUUGUAGAGCGAUGGCGACCGGAAACUCAUACAUUUAUGAUGCCAAUUGGGGAGUGCACAAUCAGUCUUCAAGAUGUUGGCAUUAUCACCGGAUUGCCAAUACAUGGUUCUGCAGUAACUGGAAUGUCACGAGCUGAAUGGCCAGAAGUUUGUGAGCUCUUGUUGGGAGCUAGACCACCUCCAGAAAUGAUUCGAGGACAUACAUUAAAAUUAUCAUGGCUAACUGAUGAGUUUGGAGCUAUUCCACAUGAAGCUGAUGAUUUAACAGUGUUAUGGCAUGCAAGAGCAUUCAUAUUACGACUCAUCGGUUCGAUAUUUCCCGACAAGACAAACUCACGUGUGAACUUGAUGUUCCUACCCCUAUUAGAAGACUUGAGGCAAGCUGCGACAUACAGUUGGGGUGGAGCUUGCUUAGCCUUCCUUUAUCGUGAGCUUUGUCGUGUUGCAGUUACUGAAGCAAAGGAGAUUUCAGGACCCCUGUUCAUAUUGCAAAUCUGGGCUUGGGAGAGAUUUAAAAUAAUCUCUCCAUCAAUAAGAGAUCCAUCGGCACCUCAUGAUGCACCCCUAGGUGCUAGGUGGAGUAGAGCUCGACAAAUCACUGAAGUUACAACCCAUGUACUACAACAAAUUCGAUACAAUCUUGAUCGAAUGCGACCUGAAGAUAUUACAUGGGAACCAUAUAAUGAGGAAUUGUUGGAUGAGCUGCCCGACAUGUGCAUACAGGGUCGUCCCAUAUGGAAGGCAGUGGUGCCAUUAAUUUGCUUCCAUAUUAUUGAAUGGCACCAGCCUGAUAGAGUGAUGAGGCAGUUUGAUUUGGCCCAACCUAUUCCACGACGACCGAUGCAAACAGAUGAGUUACAUGAGAUUACUCUCCGAUUUAGUGAGAGUAAUUGGGCGCACCACCAUGCGACGUACAUUAAUCGUUGGAAUAGGCGAGAACAUUACAUUGUUCAAGGGCAAGAAAUGGCACAACCACUCCACCAUCAUUCUGAAUAUAUGGAGUGGUAUCGUCGAGUUGCAAGACGUUGGAUCUCAAUAAGUGGAGCUGCCAUUGGCUGUGUGGAGGAUGCAAUUGAGGAUUGUUUGCUAAAAUUACAGAACCCAUCAACAGAAAAUGUGGCUGAAGUUAAACGUACAUUAAGAAAAAUGAUGAUUGCUCUAGAGGAAGAAAGUCGACUUUGCCAAAUGCCACCUCCUCAAUCCGCACCUCAAGCAACAACCUUUAAUGAUGAAUUAGAAGAGGACCAACCCAUCAACCAGCCUGAGCCCUCACAAAGAGCAGCACGACGCCGAUCACGUCCUGCUCGAAGUCGUCAACAUCCAGUGCGUCCAGCCUCUCCUCCCGAUGAUGCUUUGCCCCCACCUGUUGCAUUCCACCCUUACUGCAUCACAUCAGCGCCUGAUCAUUCUGAUCCUAUUCCCUCGGCUCCUGCACUAUCUAACCCUGCUCAUUACACUGGUUGGAUGGCUACCCCAUCAAUGCCUGGCCCAUCAGCACCAUGGAUGUCAUAUCAAACUCAAAUGCAAAACAGAAGCACAUUCGACUUUCUUCGAGAGUCAAUACCAAACACCAUUCGGCGGCUUAUUUGCUCCAUUUGGCAGAGCAUCAAGCAUUGGGCCAUCACAGUAUACGUCAGUCUUUGUGCAUUAUCUUUGCGGGGAGAAUCAUCGGGACAACAUCAAGGGCAAGCUAGCCAACCCAAAGAUGCACAAGGUCAUCCAGCAGAACAUCAAGAAGGGGGAGAACAUCGAGUUUUUCGACCGAGACGACAUAUACGAAGACCUGGUUGUGGCACAUGA